GGUUUUCAUGUUUGAUUUGAAAACAUGUCAAACACUGAAAAAAAGCGCUCUCGUCAAGUGUUCGGAUGGAAAACACCACCGCAUGUUGUUCGCAAAGUAGCUACAAAGAAUGGUUCUAGUACGCAAAUGAACCUUUUGGAUGUCUUGUCAAGUCCCGUAACUGUACAAAAGAAAAGAGUGGAUUCUAAUGAUGAUAAGGAUGCCAAUCCUAUUGUCGAGGAGAGGCUAUUUUUGAGAGCUUGGUUGCUUUCUCUCCAACUGGAGUACUACGAAGAUAUAUUGGUGGCACAUGGAAUUGAUUCACUGGCAACACUCAAGACUUUGGACGAAGAAACCUUGAAGACCAUCGGUGUCCAUACUUUGGGUGCAAGAAAGAAAAUAAUUCAAAACUUGAGUGAUUGUGAGUUUCCACCGACUUUUGCAACGGAUGGAGGAAACACUUGUCUAUCACUUGCAAGUUUACAUCUCUCUUCAGAUAAGAGUGUUUGCAAAGAUGAUCCAAAUAAUGCUCUUCCAAGUCAUGAGUCUCAAAGUUUGAAGAACAAAUCACCAAUGAGUAGUAGGGCUCCAAAAGAGCCAAGUGGUGCAGAGAGAAAACUGUAUCCAAUAUUUUAUGCAAAUCAUAAUAAUGUAAAUAUGAUAGAAACUGCCAGCGUACAAGACAAAAAGAGCAAAGGACACCCUUUUUCUAAACGAGUUCCGGGAACCAGUUUUACUGUUGACUCUUUUAAGAUGGCGGGUCAAGGUGACUGUCGUCAGUUUUUUCUAUCUCAUUUCCAUUCCGAUCAUACUAUGGGUCUUACUAGUCGAUUUCAAGCAGGUGUCAUUUUCUGUAGUCGUAUUACUGCAUCAUUGAUUCGGUCUCAAUUGGGAGUUAAAGAUGAAUAUAUUUGUGUAUUAGAGCUCAAUCAAAGUUGUUAUGUUCAAGAUGAAGGAAAAUCUACUCGAGGAACGAUGGGUGCCACUGUUACCGUAUUAGAUGCCAAUCAUUGUCCAGGAAGUGUCAUGUUUCUGUUUUUUGUUUGGCAGACAAAGGAAUUGAUUCUUCAUACCGGAGAUUUUCGUUAUUCAAUUGAAUUGCACUCUCAGAUUCCCCAAAUGUUUGGUAAAAGUUGUUUAGACUAUUUAUUUCUCGACACGACUUAUUGCAAUCCACGAUAUGACUUUCCUUCUCAACAAGAAGCUGUCGAGGCAGUAUUGGAAGCUGUGAAAGCAGAAUCUUUCCAUUCUCGAGUCCUAUUUUUAUUUGGCACUUAUCAAAUAGGAAAGGAGAAGGUAUUUCUUCAUGUUGCGGAACGACUGAAUGAAAAGGUGUAUGUGGAUAAGAGAAAAUAUCGAAUUUUGAAUCAUCUUUCGUUACCAGAAAAUGUCCAAAACUUGCUAACGACAGAACCCUCUGCUUCUCGUUUACAUGUUGUAGAUAUGAGAACCGUAAGUUUUGGCGGGAUGAGAGAAAUUGCCAAAAAUUACGCCACGAGAUACAAUACUUUUGUUGCUUUCCGGCCUACCGGUUGGUCUUAUACUGGAAAGAAGAUGCUCCGUUCCUAUGGUAACCUGAAACCUGGUAUUUUGACCAGACAACUCAAACAAAACUGUGUAUUGUAUGGUGUUCCUUACAGUGAACACAGUAGUUUUUCUGAGCUGAGAGAAUUUGUUUCCAUUUGUAGACCCAAGAAUUUGAUCCCUACUGUAUGUAAGAAUAGCAAAGAAGAAGCGGAUAGACAACGAAAAUUAUUAUUGGAUCCCUAGUUGUGUUUCUUAUACAAGUUGGAAGA